AGCAGACAGGUUUCUGUCUCUGCAGUCUAACAGGGUUACGGAACAUUUCUGUCCUAGAAAGUGUAGCGCGCAGGGCCCAGUCGUGGCUUUUGUCGUGAAAGAAUAUAUAUGAUGAACACAUGGUUCCGUGUGGGAGAACUGCAUUUCAGUCUUUCCUCCAAAGAGUGAGGGGAAGGAGAAAAGAAGCAGAACAGCGACAGCGAAAGGGAAACAGGGCUGUUUCUGGUUUGUUUUGUUUUCCCCUAGAAAUGCGAGCUAACAGCAUUCCUUUGCUUGCCCUGGAGGCCGUCAGUCAGGGCUGCAGUGAAGCCUGAACUUCUUGAAGGCAGGAAAAUAAGGAGCCCAGAGGCGCAGACAGCAGUUGACGACUCAGGCCAAGUUAUAAUAAAUAAAACCCUAGUGUCAAAUCCCAGGUCCUUGAAUUUUAUCAGGGGAGGACAGGCCAUUGUGAGAACAAGUAAGGAAAAGAAGUAGGUUUAUCUUAGGACUUAUAUAUGUUCUGAAGAGUUUUUUAAAUGAGCAAUUGGACGUGGCCGUUAAAGUUAUGUUUAUCUGUAAUAACAUAAAGGGAGACUGCUUCUAGUGGCCCCAAUUUUUGUAUUGAAUAAGGCAGCGCAUGAACGGACAGUUUUAAAAAUUGUAGUGGAAAUUCACAAGUACACGUCUGAACAGAGUGGAGCCGAAGCCGCCCUCUAGCAACAGAUGGUGUUUUUUGGCUACAUGGUUUUCAGUAUCCUCUUUGGCCUCCUGGCUGACAGAUAUGGCCGCUGGAAGAUUCUGCUCAUCUCGUUCCUGUGGGGAGCCUAUUUCUCCUUGCUGACCUCGUUUGCUCCUUCGUACGUCUGGUUUGUCUUCCUGCGGACGAUGGUGGGCUGUGGUGUGUCCGGCCACUCACAGGGGUUAAUCAUAAAGACUGAAUUUUUGCCCACGAAAUACCGAGGCUAUAUGUUACCCUUGUCUCAGGUGUUCUGGCUUGCGGGCUCGCUGCUCAUCAUUGGCCUGGCCUCUGUGGUCAUCCCCACCAUCGGGUGGCGCUGGCUCAUCCGCAUCGCCUCCAUCCCAGGCAUCAUCCUCAUCAUGGCCUUCAAGUUUAUUCCUGAAUCUGCCCGGUUCAAUGUCUCCACUGGAAACACUCAGGCUGCCGUGGCCACUCUGGAGCACAUUGCCAAGAUGAACCGCUCAGUCAUGCCGGAGGGGAAGCUGGUGGAGCCCGUCCUGGAAAAAAGAGGAAGAUUUGCAGACCUAUUGGAUGCUAAAUAUUUACGGACCACGUUACAGAUCUGGGUCAUAUGGCUCGGAAUCUCUUUUGCCUACUAUGGGGUUAUCCUGGCCAGUGCUGAGCUGCUGGAGCGGGACCUGGUCUGUGGUUCAAAGGCAGACUCUGAGGUGGUGGUGACUGGGGGCGACUCAGGGGAGAGCCAGAGCCCCUGCUACUGCCACAUGUUUGCACCCUCUGACUAUCGGACCAUGAUCAUCAGCACCAUCGGUGAAAUUGCUCUGAAUCCUUUAAAUAUCCUGGGCAUCAAUUUCCUGGGAAGACGGCUGAGCCUUUCCAUUACCAUGGGAUGCACGGCUUUAUUCUUCCUUCUCCUCAACAUUUGCACUUCAAGUGCCGGCCUGAUUGGCUUCCUCUUCAUGCUGAGGGCCCUGGUAGCUGCAAACUUCAACACUAUCUACAUUUACACAGCUGAGGUCUACCCCACCACUAUGCGUGCUUUGGGGAUGGGAAUCAGCGGCUCCCUGUGUCGCAUUGGUGCAAUGGUGGCGCCAUUUAUAUCCCAGGUUCUUAUGAGUGCUUCAAUACUGGGGGCCCUGUGUCUCUUCUCGUCCGUCUGUGUUGUAUGUGCCAUUUCUGCAUUUACUCUCCCCAUUGAAACAAAAGGACGGGCCCUCCAGCAAAUUAAAUGAAGACCUGCAAAGCUGUCUACCAGAUGAGAAAAAUGAAUUCUAUCUUCAGAACUGGUGCAUUUUUUAAAACUUGGUUUUACUUCUCUAUGCUACUCGGUAAUUAGUAAAGUGAUUUUUUUUUUUUAAAGGCAUAUAUGGGAAUGGGGUAGGUAACUCUGUAUUGAUCUCUUCCUUGAGGGACAAUAUAUAAAGUACUUUUAUAAAAUAUAACUUAAGCUUUCAAAGGGGUGUGAAAGGGAGAUGGUGGGGGAAAGAUGGCUUUUAUUCCUUGAAAUCAAGUCUGUAAACCUUUAUAUGAAUAAAUACUAAAUUUUAAACUUAUAUUUGAUAUUCUCCCAUGAGGUUUGUAGCUAAACUUGAACUGAAAUUUUGUAGCUAAGGCAAGAACCUGGGAUGAUAUCAUUUUCAAAACAACUAGAAUAGCCAUCAAGUUCAAAUUCAAAUUCGCCUAUGUAACUUACAGCCUCCAUAGUUUGAUGAAAAUUGCUUAUUCAUAAAAUGCUUAAAUUAGAAUGAGUAUUACACAUAAUCACCAAGAAGCAGGGAAUAAACCAAUUUUACCCCUUA